UCCAACUGGCCUACAUACUCAAUUACGCAAAUUACUCAUAAAUUCUAGUAGUUGGUUAUUUGAAUGCCGAAUUAUAACAUACUAACACUCUAACAUUAUAAUAAUUGUGUGCGUAUUUUUUCAGGACCAUAUACUGCAUAUGUACUACAUUCUAGAAAUAAUUCCGCUCAUUUAAUUUCGGUUGAUACAUAAUUAUUUGGUUAAUCACGCUUCCCCCUCUUGUCACGUAAUUGUUGUUGCAUAAGCUUCUCGUCUACUUGAGUUAGAGAGAAAGAUUAUUACAUAGACAACACGAAUAAACUUCCAAACAAAAAAACCAAGAAAAAAUAAAGGAAAGAGUCGCGAAUGGAAGUAACCGGUGAAGGGAGUGAUAUCAAGGAAAGCAUUCAAGGCAAGGAAAAUACUGCAGAACAAGAUAAAUUGUCACAGAUGAGAGCCUUACUCGAAUGUCGUGAUCCCUCUACUAAGCAGGAGGUAGAUGACAUGACACUUAGAAGAUUCUUAAGAGCACGCGAUCUAGAUGUGGAGAAGGCAGGGGCGAUGUUCUUGAAGUAUCUGAAAUGGAGGAAAACAUUCAUACCUGAUGGAUAUGUCUCAGAGGCAGAAAUACAAAAUGAACUUUCCCAAAACAAAGCUUUUGUAGGAGGUAAUGAUAAGAAAGGACGUCCUAUAUUAGUUGUAUUGGCUCGUCGACACUUCCAAAACACCACACCUGGAGGCUCUGAUGAAUUCAAAAGAUUUGCUGCAUAUUUUCUUGACAAGAUAUGCACAAGGAUGCCCCUUGGACAGGAGAAAUUUUGUGCUAUUGGAGAUCUUCAAGGAUGGGGUUACUCGAACAGCGACAUCCGUGGAUAUCUUGGGGCUCUCUCUAUCUUACAGGAUUGCUACCCAGAAAGAUUAGGUAAGCUGUUCAUAGUCCAUGCACCAAGAAUCUUUAUGGCAGUAUGGAAGAUUAUUUACCCAUUCAUCGACGAUAACACCAAGACCAAAAUAGUAUUUGUGGAGAAACGGCAGCUAACACCAACUAUGCUAGAAGAUAUCGACGAGAGUCAACUUCCUGAUAUAUAUGGAGGCAAACUGCCACUGAAGCCUAUUCAGGUUGCCUGACAGUACAAAAAUAUAGCGUUUCAGAAGUAGAGCUCCAACAGUCCAACUGUUAUCAAUAUUAUUCAUUUUUAAUCCCUUUGAACGUACCAUCUGACUAUCUGAGCAGAAGUACAUAAUAUUCUCUGAAUUGGCAAGCUAAGCACUAGUAAUUGAACGUACUACAGACAUUAUUUUCGCAACUUACGUAGUGUUAUUUUAUGUCAUUAUUUGACGAAACGGAUUACCAGUAUGACCUAUAUGUCUCAUACUCGUGUUAGUGUAACAUUUCCGUCACUUUACUAUAUGUCAUAUUUCUAAUUUAGUA